CUGACUUACUCGGCAUUUCCUAAGUAGCCUGCGGACGUCCGACGCAUUACCCAAGAAUAAAUACAGUCAGUAGCCUGCUCUCAGGACGGGCCCUCGCGUAUCUUGUUCACGGACGACGCGCUCACACUGACCAUCCACGAUGGCGACGGCUAGGGAUUUGCACGAUGGAUGGACGUUCACGCAGUUGGGCAAAAGCCAAGUCCUGAAGGAGGGCGAGUGGCUGCCGGUGAAGAGCUUCCCGACGACAGUGCAUGUUGAGCUGUUGGGGUAUAAGAGGAUCCCAGACCCGUUCGUCGGGCUCCAUGAAUGGGACGUGCAAUGGAUCGGUGAAGUCGAGUGGGCAUUCAAGACUACGUUCGAUGUGAGCGACGAAGAGGCAGCGGCAGAAAACGUGGAUCUCGUCUUUGACGGUCUGGAUACCUUUGCGGUCGCCGAGUUGAAUGGCCAUAAAAUAUUGGAGACCGAGAACCAGUUCAUCGGACAUCGGGUUCCUGCCAAGCAAUAUCUCAAGGCUGGCGAGAACACCCUGCUCCUGACGUUUGCAAGUGCAUUCCGCAAGGGCCGAGAGCUCGAGCAGGAACACGGAAAGCUGAACCUCUGGAACGGAGAUUCGAGUCGUCUGCACGUACGCAAGGCGGGAUACAACUAUGGCUGGGACUGGGGUCCGGUGCUCAUGACUGUUGGCCCCUGGAAGCCCAUCAGACUCGAGACCUACACUACACGCAUUGCGGACCUUGACGUUCGCCCCAGAGUGAAUGAGCAGCUUGGCGCAACUGUCGAUAUCGCGUUCGAGCUCUCGACUAAUGACCACAGCAUCGCGAGUGUCUCUGUGAACGAUCCCGAUGGCAAGCUGGUGAUUGGACAGAACGCCAUUGCCAUCCAAAGUCAGCGUGCCGAGGCGCACUUUAAACUUUCUGCCGGUACCUUCGAGCUUUGGUACCCAGUGGGAUAUGGCAAGCAGCCUAUAUACACGGUUGAUCUCAAAAUCACCGACAAGGACGGACAUUUGCUGGACUCGAAAUCUCAGAAAUUCGCCUUCCGUCGAGCUGUCGUCGUACAGGACGAGCUGGAGGGCCAGGAAGGACGGUCAUUCCUGUUCGAGAUAAACAAAAUCAGGAUCUUCUGCGGGGGUUCGAACUGGAUCCCCGCGGAUUCCUUCUUGACCAGGUUGACUGCUGAGAAGUAUCGGCAAUGGCUGCAACUCCUCGUGGACGGAAACCAGAACAUGGUCCGGGUCUGGGGUGGUGGUAUCUAUGAGCCGGACGCCUUCUACGAUAUUUGCGAUGAGCUCGGGAUCCUUGUGUGGCAGGACUUCAUGUUCGGCUGUGGGCAGUACCCUGCAUAUGAUUCGUUCACCAAGUCGGUAGAAGUAGAGGCCGAACAGAACGUGAAGAGACUCAGGCACCACCCUUCGAUCGUGAUCUUCACUGGCAACAACGAAGAUUAUCAAAUCGCGGAGUCUCUCAAGCUGGAGCUCGAUUAUUCCGAUGAGAAAUCCGACUUCCGGAACACCAAUUUCCCUGCACGCUACAUCUACGAAAGGCUCCUGCCGUCAGUCGUUGAGCGGCUGAGUGACAUCCACUACCACCGCAGUUCUCCGUACAGUGGCUUCGGAAAGGCCACGACCGACAAAAACUACGGCGAUUUGCAUCAAUGGAACGUCUGGCACGGAUCUCAAGAGCCGUGGCACAAUUGGGACAUCCUUGCGGGACGCUUUGUUUCGGAAUUUGGCAUGCAGGGUUACCCGAACAUUCGCACCGUUGAUUACUGGCUGGGCGGUGACAAGGCGGAACGCUACCCUCAAUCAAGGCAUGCGCUUCUGGAGCAGGUGAUUCCAGAAGUUACGACAAAUUGUAAUCACAACAAGGCCGAUGGCUUCGAGCGCAGGAUUGAGCUGUAUCUCAUGGAGAACUUCAAACAUGCUUUCGACAUCGAGAGUUACGUGUACUACACCCAGAUCAUGCAGGCCGAGACCUUGGCUUCCGCGUAUCGCCUGUGGCGUCGCAACUGGAAGGGCAAAGGCAAAGAAUACACCGCAGGCGCGCUUGUAUGGCAGAUCAACGACUGCUGGCCGGUGACUUCGUGGGCCAUCGUGGACUACUUCCUCCGCCCCAAGCCUGCGUACUUCGCCAUCAAGCGCGAGCUGCGGCCAUACACGGUCGGCAUGACGCGCAAGGAGCACAAGAAGUUCGCAGACGACCUCUCCGCGGCCUUCUUCACCAUCGACACCGUCCUGGAAAUCUGGGGCACGAACUCGACCCUCGACGCGAAGAAGGCGACGCUGGAAGUCACCGCGUUCGACCUCGAUUUCCCGGACUGGCGCGAGCGCUUCACGCAGGACGUCGACCUCGCCCCCAACGCGGCGACAGAGCUCUGGAAGGGCACCCUCCCAGGGCAGCCCACGCGCACGAAGGCGAGCGAAGUGCCCAAAACGAUCAUCGUCUCCGCGCGCUUGCUCGACGCGGACGGAAGCGUUCUCGGACGAUACUCCAAUUGGCCUGAGCCGUUCAAGUACAUCCACUUCCCGCCCCGCGAGGAGCUCGACCUGCGCAUCGCGGUCGGCGCGGACGGUGCGAGCGUGACGCUGUCGACCAAGCGGCCGAUCAAGGGCAUCAUCCUCGACGUCGCCGGCGACGCGGACGCGGAGUGGGCGGACCAGGCGAUCGACCUCGUGCCCGGCGAUCCGCAGACCGUCGCCGUCAAGGGCCUCGGGGGGCGCGCCGUCCAGGCGCGUUUCCUCGGGGAUGGCACCGCGUGAGGAGGCGCGGGGCGCUUGUGGGGGCGUAUGACGGGACGGCGCUUGUGUGUGUGUGUGUGUCGGGGCGGGUGGAAUUGGGAUGGGAAUUGCUGUAUGGGGUCUGUGUGGAUGAUGAUCCGGGACGUUGGGCGUGCUGGAGCGAUGGGUACAUGGGCGUGUAAGGUUGAUUCAGGCGUAGAGGCAGGGCCCACCCAACGUUUGGUUGAGCCGAAGCCAGACUAGUAAUGGAGGCAACGAAUGGAGACGUUAACGCGCCGUUGGUGAAGAAACGUGGAAUGCAUGAUAGAGGUCCCGGGAGAGGCUGCGAGAAUGAUAUUCAAUGUGCAAUUACCGGACAGGAUACGACCCC